AUGUCAGACAUACAAAGCCUUAUUAACCCUCCUUCGUUGACCAAUUCUUCGGGCAUAGAAACUCCAGAGGAAGCCAAUGGCAGCGAGAAUGCCAACAAUGAUGGCAAGGUACCACAAGCUGUGAUAUUGGAAAGUUUUGAAAAAAUUAAAACUCACUUUCCUGCAGCCAGAAUCAAGAAAAUCAUGCAGUCGGACGAAGAUAUAGGUAAGGUGGCUCAGGCCACCCCAGUGAUUGUAGGUAGAGCAUUAGAAAUUUUCAUGGCCAAUCUUGUGGAGGCAUCGAUUAUUGAGGCCAAAAAAGCAGGCGUAAGAAGGAUUGGUGCAUCGCAUAUUAGAUCGGCGGUGGAAAAUACGGAACAAUUCGAUUUUUUGGUAGAUACCGUUGAUAAAUAUCCUCCAGCUGAGAAUUAA